AAAGAGCUAAAGAAGAGGAGUAGUCACAAGGGUUUUUGAGAAGAGAGGCAAAGAUUCAAUCUUUUUUGGAUUUUAUAUCAUCAGCCAUCUUCUUGCUUGAUUACUACUGGUGUUGUACAAUGCCUCCUGAGAUUACCGAUUUACCUGAGAAUGUUAUCAAUGCCAUUUUGAUGCCUUUGCCUUUGCGAGAUGCUGUGAGGACAAGCAUCUUAUCGAAGAAAUGGAGGUACAAGUGGAGCAAACUUCCACAGUUGACGCUUGAUGAUGAACUUUGGAAGACAACAGAUAACUUACUAUCUCCUUCUAUUAGGUUUACAACCAUUAUGUACAACAUUUUGACCCUUCAUCAAGGACCGAUUACUCAUUUCACCCUUUCCAUGUCUAAACUGAAAAAGUAUCCUAAGAUUUGCAGCUUGUUACAUUUCCUCUCUAGGAAAGACAUUCAGCAUCUCGUUCUUCAAUUUUCAGAAUGGAACCGACUCAAACUGCCUUCUUCAUUUUUCACGUGUUUGCAGUUGAGUCACUUGACCCUCCAAAAUUGUCAAAUAUGUCCUCCACCGGCCUUCGAAGGGUUCAAUAUGUUAAUUAGCCUGGAACUGUGUCAUGUAUCAGUUUCUUCCAGAUCACUAGAAAGUUUAAUCUCUUCUAGCCCAUUGCUUGAGAAGCUAGUGUUGAAAUUCUUUGAUUCCAUGAACCACUUUCAAAUAAGAGCUCCCAAGUUGAGAUCCUUCGACUUCUUAGGCUGUAUAAAAUAUAUCUCCUUAAAAAAUUCUCCGCAUCUUGUAAAACUCUCUCUUUUCUAUGGAGAAUCUUUUGAGGAAUCAGAAAAAUGUGAUCUUGACAAUUUUUUUCAGCCGCUUCUUUCUCUUGAGCAUCUCCACUUGGAAUACGGAAGUUUCCAGUUUUUGACUGCUUUAGUACCAAGAAGGCUUUCCUCUGCUCUUAACAAUCUUAAACGUCUUUACGUAUCACUGGAUGAGUUAACUGAUCUUUCAUGUGCUCUUUGCUUGAUACGAAGCUCCCCAUGCUUACAACAUCUUGAAGUGCAGGUGUCUAUAGAAUCAGAUAAUAAAGUUAAUGAAGUUUCUGCGAGCUUCUCAGAUGUGACAUUGAAUUACCUUAAGAUGGCUAAGGUUGUAGGAAUAAUAGGCACAAAGCUUGACAUGGCGCUGAUCAAGCUUCUAUUGGCCAAAUCUCCGAUGCUGGUGAAAAUGCUAGUUGAGCCCGACCUACAAUUGGUAGACGAAGAAAAAGGUGUCAAGAUACUUGCAGAGUUAACAACAUUUCAGCGGGCAUCAGGUAAAGCUAAAGUUGAAUGUCAGCUAGAAAGGAAAUGAAAACGAGUCGGGGGUAUGGAUGUUUUUGGCUUGAUAAAGAGGUCUGAGGCUUGGAUAUGAAUCUGCACUAUGGUUGUUUAUUUUCAAUGGUAUCUGAGGUGUGUUUGUUCUUUACUCUUUGUGUAAUGACUCGGUUUUGGGUCGUACACCUAGUUUACGUAGGUUUGUUAGCCUCCAAAGCGCGAGUAACGCGCCUUCUAAUGCUUCUUUCGGACCCAACAAAUGGAGGUAGAGCUUUGCACUUUUCAUGCUCCAUUGUUGAAGAACUAAAAGACAUUAGCAUUGAUUUUCCUUUAAAUCUAGAGUGUUAUGAAGCUUCUUUUUAUUAAAAAAUUAGUUAUGUUA